GGGGAGGGGGGAGAAACCAAUUUACAAUCCGGCAACACAGGGAGGGGGCGGAAGAAAAAAAAAACUGUCUGACCUACUUAACGUUUAUUUAUCCCAAUUUGUUUUUGUGUCAGUUUUCCUUGAUCAUCACUUCCCGCGAACAGUGACAGAAUUGGAUUGAUUAUAUAAUCGGUUCCCUUUUUUUCAUUUUAAAGUGCGCUUCUUUAGCCGUUUACUGGUUUCUAUGGUGAUUCGGAUUUCACUAUUUUGGUUGCCCAGGUUUAGUCUCCUGCCUUGAGAUGUAUUUACAACAUGAGAGAGAACGGGAAGAGAGCAUGUAGGAGCGCGGGUUUCCUGGCGAGCCGCAGCUUCCCGGUGGUGCCUAGUGGCUGUGCACAGAUCGCCUCAGCUGACAGCGGCAGCGGGUCGCCCAUGUGGAGACACACGGCAGGUCUCAGCAGCGGCAGGAGGUAACCUCACAGUCUUCCUGCACUCAAAUCAACAAUACAUGAAAUUAAAUGACGGUUAAAUUGCAGACAUUAAGGAAUAACAGAGACUUAAGGAAGACAUUUUGAGCAGUGAGGUAAUGGAGAUAGUUGGAAUGUUUUAACAUUACUGAUGUAAGUGAGAGAAAACAAAGCAAUCGUUAAUGUUGCAAGAAGGGCAGUUUCCUUGAGUAUGUCCUUUUUUGUUGGCGUCACGCAGAGCAUUAAGUAGGAGAACUAAUGGAUGAAGAUGACAAGGACAAGGCAAAGAGGGCUUCACGUAACAAGUCUGAGAAAAAGAGACGUGAUCAGUUCAAUGUCCUCAUCAAAGAACUCAGUGUCAUGCUUCCGGGUAGUAUGCGUAAACUGGACAAGUCUACAGUGUUGCAGAAGACAAUUGACUUUUUACAAAAACACAAUGAAACUUCAGCGCAGAAGGAGACAAGUAUCAUUCAACAUAACUGGAAACCUUCAUUUUUGAGCAAUGAAGAAUUUACACAAUUGAUGUUAGAGGCAUUAGAUGGCUUCAUCAUAGCUGUAACAACAGAUGGAAAUAUCAUUUAUGUUUCUGAUAGCAUUGCACCUCUCCUUGGACAUUUACCUUCUGAUGUUAUCGAUCAGAAUUUAUUAAACUUCCUCCCUGAACAGGAGCAUGAAGAAAUAUUUAAACUGCUGUCCUCUCACACAUUAGUCACAGAUGCUGUUUUGCCAGACUAUUUAAACUCUGAGAACUGCUUUGAAUUUUCUUGUCACUUGCUGCGAGGGACAUUGGAUCCGAAGGAAUCUCCUACCUAUGAAUAUCUACGAUUUGUGGGAAAUUUCCAGUCAUAUAACAGUGUGCCUAGCUCGUCGUGUAACGGUUUUGAAGGUUCUGUUCAAAGGAUGCUUCAAACAACAGUAGAUGAACAGAUGUGUUUUGUAGCAACCGUUCGUCUAGCAGCACCUCAGUUCAUAAAGGAGAUGUGCAUAAUAGAGGAGCCUUUAGAAGAAUUUACCUCUCGACAUAGCUUGGAGUGGAAGUUUUUAUUUCUAGAUCACAGGGCUCCACCGAUCAUUGGUUAUUUGCCUUUUGAAGUCCUUGGUACAUCAGGUUAUGAUUAUUACCAUGUGGAUGAUCUGGAGCAGCUAGCCAGGUGCCAUCAACAAUGUACGUACCAUUUGGUGAUGCAAUUUGGUAAAGGGAAGUCUUGCUGUUAUCGGUUUCUUACUAAAGGACAACAGUGGAUCUGGCUGCAGACCCGCUACUACAUUACCUACCAUCAAUGGAACUCCAAGCCAGAGUUUAUUGUGUGCACACACACAUUAGUGAGCUAUGCAGAAGUUCGAGCACAGCGUCGAAAAGACAUCAGUUUGGAUGAUAGCUCUGCAGAAGUUGUUGGUUCUUCGUUGCUUAAGGGACACAACUUAAGAAUUGAUACGCAGCAACACGUUGAGGUGCUCCCUGGCAGUCCAUCACCUUCUUCUUCAUCUCGGAGUUCACACAAAUCAUCUCAUACCUCGGUGUCAGAAUCUGCAUCAACACAAAGCAAACUACUGUCAGAGACCAGUGGUCCAUCCUUGCAGACAAAAGCAACAGUACAACAAGAUGUAGGAAUUCAGCAGCAUCCACCCACCAGCAGCCAGUCUUCUUUAAUGUCGGAGCCAUCUAUUGAUCUACUGUCACAGGAGUUGAUGCCCCAGGCUACUGUGGUCAGUCAGCCUGCAUCGAUGGCACAGUUCCCAGCACAGUUUGACGUGAUUCAGUCUCUCAAGGAUCAGCUUGAACAACGUACCCGCAUUCUCCAAGCAAAUAUCACAUGGCAGCAAGAAGAACUACAAAAAAUUCAGGAGCAACUGUGCAUGGUGGAUGACUCAAAUGUACAGUUACUGUUGCAGCAGCCAGCAUCUAUCAGCCUGAGUCCAUUACAGUUUCAAGAAUCACAGCAGCAAAAGCAGCAACAAGUGGGUCUUAUAUCGCAAGACCGGGAUCUCCCCAGUAAACAGUUCCAGAAUGCUAAGAUGAUACAUGCUGGACGUGUGGUACAGACCUCCCUGCCCAAUUUGUCCUCUGCGAGCCUGGCAUUACAUUUCAGCAGUCCUGUGAUGUUCUCUCAGGCCCCGACAAUGGCAAUCCAAAGUGAUGGCACCAUUGGUCAUUCAGGUCCUAACUUCGGUCAUGACAGGCAACUAAGGAUGUUGCUUAGUCAACCCAUUCAACCACUGAUGCCUAUUACGUGCCACAACAGACAACCCACAGAAUUCACUACUACUGGACAACAAGCUAAGUACUCACAAGGACAACAACUGCCCCAAAAUCCGGCACCACAGCCAGUUAGAAAUAGUGUAUCAAUGAUCUCCAAUCCAGUGCUUAUGGGUCAAAUAGUAACUCCGGCAUUUUCUAUACCACAGUCACCUCUGUCACAGCAAACUAUGCACCUACAACAGCAGCCGCAACACUAUUUACAGCAGGCUCAAACAUCCAGUUCCUUGCAAGGUGAACAACCAGAGCUGCUUCUUCUCCCUCCUCCUUAUCCGCAGCAACAGGAAAUUCUGGGCUACCACCCACAACCUCAGCAAAGACAACGUGUACAGCGCCUCUCUGAAUCAUCAAAUGUUUAACUCACGCAGUAGCCUUCCAGCAAUUAAGAAAUAUAAAUUAAUAAACUUGUUUAAAGCAAUAUCCACCCUUUCAGUUUAAUAAAUUGCAGUUAAUGUGCUACACUUUUACUGUUUCCAGACAAUGUGUUAAAAUAUAAAGCUUCACAAAAUUUAUUGUAACAUAUUUUAAUUAUAUGAUUGUUAAUUGGAAAUGGGAGAAGAAUGGCACAUUGAAAGCUACAAUUUGGCAUUAUAGGUUACACUCAGUUUUUAUUUUUAUUGUUUUAAUUUUACUGUUUUCAUGUAAUUUUUAAAUUCUGAUUAUUUUAAUGUGAGAAGGCCACAUGUACUGCUGGUUAAUGGAUUGAAACACCAGCAGCAUUAGGGAUGUUUUGAAAUGAUUACUGAGUUUGUUGUAUAACUCAUUAGCAUAAUCCAAGUUAGAAUAGUUCAAAGCUUAUUUUUUUUUAAACACAUAACGCCAGUAAUUUUCUAACUUUGUACAGCUGGAAAAGACUUGCUUGCCAGCACCAUAUUUCAGAGAUUCUGGUGCUCUUUAUGUAAUUGUCCAAUUAUUCGUUUAAGUGGUCAGAAGGACGUGAGCUUUGUGUGCCAGGAUUUUCAUUGCACACUCUCACCAGAUGAAUUUUUCGUCAAAAAUGUAAAGUCAGGAAAUUAUCCCUUAUAUGUACAGAUGUACAGGCUUGCCUCAGAUUCCUUUUAUACUUUCUAAGUUUGCUGUUAUCAGUCAACAGCUGGGAAAUAAACUUGCAAGCUGUGUGGAUAGAAUGUGAAAUGGGGCUACAUGGAUUGUUUUACAGAGAUCCAUCAUGGAUUUGAUGGGCUGAAUGGCAUCCUUAUAUGCCAUGACUUAACCUGAAUGGAUUCAAGCAUGACAAGAAACUGGGAACGAUGUACCUAGCUUUUUGCACAAAAUCAGCUAUUAUGUUUGCAACAUAACCUUGUUCCUAUUAUGUAAUCAAGAUAUAUUUUACGAUUCCCUGUGCUAAAUUGGCACAUUUAGUAUAAUGCAACAGCUGAUGUUGUGUAUUGGCUACUAGGUCCCUUCAAGGACAUAUACUUUGGACAAAUUCUUAAUGUCACAUUCAACAGA